UGACGCUUCAAUUUCUAUACAUCUAAAUGGAAUGCAGCUGGAUGAAUAAUUAAUGUCAAGCCUGGAAGACCCCUGCCACUUUGAUGUGUGAGCACACCCACCAAUAAUGGCCCAUAGGAUACUGAGUGGAAAUAACUCUGAGCCAGACGUGUUCAUGCAUCUCGUCCAGCUCAGCCUGCAGACUCUCCCCCACAAACACAUCUGACUUCUUCCAGAUCGCAGUGAGAGCGCGUGCAGCAUGAGGCUGGUGUGGAAAUCACUGGACAAGAUGAGGUGUCUGAGGAAACGCUCCACCAUCCCCUUCCUUGGCUUCCUCAUCACCUUCCUCCUCUUCCUGAACCUCUACAUUGAAGAUGGCUACGUGCUGGAAGGGGAUAAAAGGCAGCUUAGGGAAACAUCAGUUCACCCUCCAAGCUCAGAACGAUACGUUCACACCUUCAGAGACCUCAGUAACUUCUCUGGAUCCAUUAAUGUAACCUAUCGAUAUCUUGCUGGGACUCCGCUGAAUCGCAAGAAGUAUCUCACCAUCGGACUGUCAUCAGUCAAAAGAAAAAGAGGAAACUACCUUCUAGAGACGAUCAAAUCCAUCUUUGAUCAGUCCAGUUACGAGGAACUCAAAGAGAUUGUGGUUGUGGUCCACCUGGCAGACUUUGACCUGGUGUGGUGUGAAAACCUGGUGCAGGAAAUCACCAGAAAGUUUGCUCAUCACAUCAUAGCGGGGCGCCUCUUGGUGAUCCAGGCACCAGAGGACUAUUAUCCGUCUCUGGACGGGUUAAAAAGGAACUACAACGACCCGGAGGACCGGGUUCGUUUCCGCUCCAAGCAGAACGUGGACUACGCUUUCCUCCUGAACUUCUGCACAAACCUGUCUCACUUCUACAUGAUGUUAGAGGACGACGUGCGCUGCUCCAGGAACUUCCUGACGGCGCUGAAGAAGGUGAUCACCUCCAGAGACGGCUCCUACUGGGUGAUGCUGGAGUUCUCCAAGCUGGGCUACAUCGGGAAGCUGUACCACUCCAGAGACCUUCCUCGUCUGGCUCACUUCCUCCUCAUGUUCUACCAGGAGAUGCCCUGCGACUGGCUCCUCAUCCACUUCAGGGGUCUGCUGGCUCAGAAGGACGUGAUCCGCUUUAAGCCCUCGUUGUUCCAGCACAUGGGCUACUACUCCUCUUACAAAGGAGCCGAGAACAAACUGAAGGACGACGACUUUGAAGAAGACUCCAUCGACAUUCCUGACAACCCUCCUGCCAGCCUUCACACAAACAUCAACGUCUUUGAGAACUAUGACGCCACAAAGGCUUACAGCUCUGUGGACGAAUACUUUUGGGGAAAGCCUCCUUCCACAGGAGACUUCUUUGUUAUAGUCUUUAACAAAUCGACCAAAAUUAAUAAAAUCAAGAUUUCUACUGGUUCGGAUGACCGUCAGAAUGACAUUCUCCACCAUGGAGCCCUGGAAGUAGGAGAGAAGCUGGUUGGGACUAAAAAAGGGAAACAGUGUUCCUCUUACAUCACAUUAGGGGAGUUCAAAAAUGGCAACAUUGAGGUUCAAGAUGUAGACCACAAAAUUGCCUUUGAUAUUGAGUGUGUGCGCAUUGUAGUGACAGCCAGUCAGAAAGAAUGGAUUAUCAUUAGAAGUAUAAGUUUAUGGACUACACAACCCCCCAGCCAAUGAGGACUAUCCAGAAAGACUCUUAAUAUCAUAGAGGCAAAGUGUUUUUUUAUUUACUAAUGUAUGUAUUUCCAGGUUUAUUUAUUCAUUUUGUAUGUAUUUAUUGAUACUCAUUUUGAUUGUUAAAUCAAUCUAUAGUUUUUUAUACCUGCAAGUUGUAACCUUAGUGGAGCAUCUUCCCAGUCAUUCUUACAGACUGUUUAACUGACCUCAGAGUAUUCACCAACGUAUGUUUUCUUAAACGUUCCAUAAGCCUUCUAUUUAUUUACGCUUUUAAUAGCUGUCCUAAAUAGGGCUGGGCGAGAAGUUGGUACCCUAUAUUGUAUUUAUGUUACACUUUUAAGUUGUGUUUUGCACCCUUCAAUCCAGGAUGAGGCGUUUAUUCAUUUAUAGUGUAUGAAAAAGUGUGUUCAUGUAGCCAAAGUCUGAUACAUCUUAUUAUUGUCCAAAAAUGUAUAAAAUUAACAAGCAUACCAUUUCAUUGGGUGACAUAUAACUUUGCGUUGAUUAUAAACUCUCACUAGAGCACCAUGUGUUGUUAACCCUUCAGCUGAAUUAGUAUUGAAAUGUACUGUAUUUCCUUCAGAUUGAGAUAUAUUUGCUUAAAGCUACGGCGGCAAACUGCUGUAGCAAAAAAACACAUUUCUACUACCGGCUCAGUGCGAAUCAGUCCACAAAGGGGUGAAAUUUUCUUUGUCAGAUUCUUCAUGUUUAUAUGUCUAAUUUAUCAAUCAAUCAAUUAAUCAAUCAAACUUUAUUUACAUAGCACCUUUCAGACAAAUUAAAUUGCAGUUUAGUGCUUUACAAGAGUGCAGAAAAUUUGAUGACCCAAAAGUAGUUUGAAAAAUCAUUAUCAUAAUUAACAGCUACAGACAAAAUUAUGGAGGUCAGACAUUAUCUUUGGGACAGACUUAAAUGUUUUUUGGUACUGGCCUUUUCACGAGAUUUGUUGACAAUAACAACUACUGGGCAUCAUUUUAGACUUAUCAUUCCAAUGACUCAAAGCUAACUCGUUUGAAGGAUAUAUAUUUUUUAAUGAAGGUG